UGCCAGCUCUGGUUCCUAAUGUGUCUUCAGUGCCACUGUCACUUAUCCGUACAUCAUGGCUGGCCUCACUACUGUUUUAUAAACUUUGCCCUUCAUCCUAGUAGAGACUCUUCUGUCACAUAACAUACCAAACACCUUCUGCCAGCUGUUCCAACCCGCUUGGACUCAUUUCUUCACUUCUUUACCAUUUUCACCAUUGCUCUGCUCUGUUGAACCCAAGUAUUUGAAGUCAUCUACUCCCGCUAUCUCUUUUGUCUGGAACCUCACUCUUCCCAUUCCACGCCUCUUGCUCUCUAUGAUAUUUCAGGGUUUUUUUCUAAUAAACUGAAAAAAUGUAAACAAUUUCAUUUUUUCCCCUGUCAAUAUGUGGUGCUGUGUGUACAUUGUGGAAAAAUUGACUUCAAUGAUAAAUGAUUUUAGCAAAAUGCUGAAAUAUAACAGAGUGUAAAAAUUUGAGGGCGUCUUUAUACUUUCUGUACCCACUCUUUAUCACCAAAUCAUCCAGCAUUAUUAUGCUGUUUUUUCCCCAAAAAGUUUGAUUCACUGUUUUUCCACUGUAGCUCUUUCUGUUAUUUUGUGAUAUUUAGGUCUACCUCGUGCCCACCCCGAGAGCUACCACUCCUACAUGUGGAACAACUUCUUCAAGUUCAUUGACAUUGAUCCCCCCAAUGCUCAUAUCCUGAAUGGAAACGCAAUGGACUUGGAAGCAGAAUUUCAGGCCUAUGAGCAAAAGAUUGCAGAGGCUGGAGGAAUCCACUUGUUUGUUGGAGGUAUUGGACUUGAUGGCCACACAGUAUUUAAUGAACCAGGCUCCAGUCUUGUCUCUAGAACCACAGUGAAGACACUAGCCAAAGACACCAUUGUGGCAAAUCCUCAGUUUGUUAGAAAUGACCUCUCCAAGGUUCCUACCAUGGCUCUGACUGUUGGACGAGGCACUGUCAUGGAUGCCAAUGAGGUUUGAUGGGUGAAGAGAGGGGCUGAGCUGUCAACUGAUCACCACCUGGUGAUGUAUUUUGAGGAUCUGCUGGGAACGGCUGGCAGGUUCCCCUGUCAGAAGGAAUUUCAACUCCCACCCCCGAAAGAACUUUCCUCAUGUUCUGGGAGAGGCGAGGCACAUUGAGUCCGAGUGGACAAUGUUCCGCGCCUCCUUUGCUGAGGCGGCUGACCAGAGCUGUGGCCGUGAGUUUGUAGGUGCUUGUCAUGGCAGCAAACCCCGAACAGGUUGGUGGACACCAACAGUGAGGGAUGUUGUCAAACUUAUCUGGCAUUUUUGGCCUGUGGGGCUCCUGAGGCAGCUAAUACAGUGAAGAAUAUAAGUAUUCAAACACCCUGUUAUAUUGCAAGCUCUCCCACUUA